CAGGAUUUUCUCUAUUGCCAUCAAUUGUGAAAUGAAAAAUGUUUUUUAAGUUAUUAAUUAAAUUUCAAACUUCAUAGUGCUUAUUUGUGAAAAUGGUGUUUAGAUUUCUACAAUAUUUUAUGAAUAACCAACAAUUGGUUGAUAAAUUGGCGGAUUCUAAGUUUAUGAGAAGCAUUGCGCGGUUCGUCGUUCACAAGGCAAUUCGUGCGAAAUCAUUGACAGAAGAUAUGAAGUCUGAACAGUUAGAAAAAACCCUGAAAAAUAUCACCGAAAAGCUUAAGGACACCAAGAAUAAGCUUGACGGUAAACAGUGAAUACGUCAGUUCGUUCUUAAUUGUUGUAUACCUACUUUCCUAUCUAUUAAACAUUAAUACUUAGUCAUAAGAUGAAAGAUCAUUCGAUAAUAUUUUUGGGGUCGGAGCCUUCGAAAGAAAAGGAUGUCGUCACUCGCGCCCUGUCGUAUUUCACGAUGCCUGCCGACGAUCUGCCGAAACGCAUAUUACAAUCGUUCACACCUCCGCUGCACUCUAGGUUUGUGUACGUAGACUUCUUGGGGCCGUGUUUGGCGUUCAUACUGUUGGCCACAAUACUCGGCUAUGGACACGCAUACAAAACGCCAUCAGCCAUUUAUCACAGAUCGCCUACUGAAGUCUUGGCCAUAUAUUGUCUAUCGAUGCCAGCGAUUUGUUAUUUACUAACCCGUUUAGGGAAAUCUAGUAUAUCUUUCUUGCAGAUUUUGUCAUUGUUAGGGUACGGUCUUUAUGGUUAUGUGUUUACGCUUGUUAUUAGUUUUAUAUCGGAUGAAACAAACAAUGUAAUAUUUUAUUUGGCCCUAAUUCUGUUUACCGGCACUAGUGUUUUUAGAACAUGUCUCAUAAUAUUAUUAACCAUUAAAUUGCCUGCCAUCAGACUGUUAGUUUGCAGUAUAAUUGCUAUUUUACAAACUCUGUUUGUUGUGUUUUUGUAUUUUACAUUUGUUCAUUCGAGCUUUGCAUACCGCAAACACUAGAUAACUCAAACUGUACAUAGCUAAUUGUUAAUUAGGUUUAAAUAUUUAAAUAAAUUGAUGUACACAUUUAAA